CUGGCGCCCCUAGCGUCCCAAUAUAGUACAGCGGCGGACAGCCUGUAGCACGAACGCACAUCCUCGCUGCUCGCUCUCCUCCAUGAGCUCCACUGAAACACUCAUUCCAAGCAAUUCCUUCUAGAUUCGCUCGUGUCUUUUAUCAGGACUCGAUGACGAUACGCCCCUCGACUCGCUAGCAGCACCGAGCCCUCCUCCAACAGCGACGUUAUCCGAUGUUUGAUUGGAUUAAAGCGGGUUAGCCUUUGCCCUCUCACCCCCUUGUUGAAUUUUGGCUAGCUGCUUCCUGCUCCCACCUCCCGGAGGAUCAAGAACUGAGGACCGAGCGGCGAAGUGCCCUCCGCGGAGACGACUGACGCCGCCGUCGCCGCCGCUGCAAUCACUACAAGCGAAGCCCGAGCCGAGCAACCGAGCACUCGGCAGGCGGACGACACUAGGAGACAGCCAUGCGGAGGAAAUCCAGGAUAUUGUUAUGUUUUGCGGUGCUUUGGGUGCUCGGGAUAGCCUACUACUUCUACUCAGGGACGGCAUUGGGAAGAAAGGAUGACUGGGACUCUAGUGACUCGUCAGGCCGAAACAAAGCUCGUAACUCUGAUGACAAGACUCACAGUCUGGAGGUUCUGCCGCCUGGUAAGGUUCGUUGGCAGGACUUUGACCAAGAUCUGUACGUUGGAGCCACAGUGGUCCGACCAGGUCAGGACCCGUAUGCCAGAAACAAGUUCAACCAGGUGGAGAGCGAUAAGCUCCGUAUGGACAGAGCUGUACCGGAUACCAGACAUGACCAUUGCAGACAUAAGCAAUGGAAAUCAGAACUUCCGGCUUCGAGUGUGGUUAUUACCUUCCACAAUGAAGCCCGCUCUGCACUACUGCGCACUGUUGUCAGUGUUUUGAAGAAGAGUCCAGCUCACUUGGUGAAAGAGAUCAUCUUAGUUGAUGACUACAGUGAUAAUGCGGAGGAUGGAGCACUCCUGGGCAAGAUGGAGAAAGUUCGCGUGCUGAGAAACGACCGCAGAGAAGGACUGAUGCGCUCGAGGGUUCGUGGUGCAGAUGCUGCCACGGCGCCAGUCCUCACCUUCCUGGACUCCCACUGUGAAUGCAAUGACCACUGGCUUGAGCCACUCUUGGAGAGAGUAGCUGAGGAUAAGACCAGAGUGGUUUCUCCCAUAAUUGAUGUCAUCAACAUGGACAACUUCCAGUAUGUGGGAGCUUCCGCUGAUCUCAAAGGAGGUUUCGACUGGAAUUUGGUAUUUAAAUGGGAUUACAUGACUCUGGACCAGAGACGAGCAAGACAAGGCAACCCUAUUGCCCCCAUAAAGACUCCCAUGAUAGCAGGAGGUCUGUUUGUCAUGGAUAAGGAAUACUUUGAGCUUUUGGGGAAAUAUGACAUGAUGAUGGAUGUUUGGGGAGGAGAAAAUCUGGAAAUCUCAUUUCGCGUGUGGCAGUGCGGCGGAAGUCUGGAAAUCAUCCCGUGCAGCCGAGUCGGGCACGUUUUCAGGAAGCAGCACCCCUAUACCUUCCCUGGAGGCAGCGGCACUGUCUUUGCAAGGAACACCAGAAGAGCUGCUGAGGUGUGGAUGGAUGAGUUUAAAAAUUUCUACUACGCCGCCGUUCCUUCGGCGAGAAAUGUGCCCUAUGGAAACAUCCAGAGUCGGUUGGAUAUGAAGAAGCGUUUAGCCUGUAAGCCCUUUAAAUGGUACCUGGAGAAUGUCUACCCUGAGCUGCGCGUCCCGGACCACCAAGACAUCGCUUUUGGGGCCCUGCAGCAAGGCGGGAACUGCCUCGACACACUUGGGCAUUUCGCUGACGGCGUGGUCGGCGUUUACGAGUGCCACAACGCAGGUGGAAAUCAGGAGUGGGCAUUGACGAAGGAUAAAUCCGUCAAGCACAUGGACUUGUGUCUGACUGUGGUGGACAGAACGGCCGGCUCCCUCAUCAAACUGCAGGGCUGUCGAGACAAUGACAGCAGACAGAAAUGGGAGCAGAUCGAGUCCAACUCCAAGCUUCGUCACGUGGGAAGCAACCUGUGUCUGGACAGCCGCAGUGCCCGCAUGGGUGGUCUCACUGUGGAGGUGUGCAGUCCCAACUUGAGCCAGCAGUGGAAGUUCACCCUCAAUUUACAAUCUUAGGGGACAGCACCACCAUCAGACACCAAAACACCAACUGACUUCAAGGAGAAAGACAAAAUGCCAAUGGCUCUGUCUCGCUCCUCCGAAGGGUUCUGAGGUCAUUUUUACACCCCCACCGAUUUCCUCCAAAUACAGACUAGCGGAGGACCUGUAGACCUUGAACAGGAAACUGACCAUAUUUAGCGGGAGGACCAGUGCUGGUGACGCUGAUGAAGAUGAGGAGGAUUCAAGCGAUGAAGAAUGCUUUCCAUCCAACGACUACAUACCUCAGUGUUUUUCUCAUUGAUGGUUCGGGAGGUUAAAAAAAAAAAAAUGGUGGGAAGGAACUCUGUUGUUUGUAUUUUUGGAAUGAUUUUCUUUGGAAUAUUUUAAUUACUGUUCAUUUGUGGAGCUUUUUUGUUUUGGAAAGUUUUCCGAACCGAGCCAAAACUGAUGAAAUGGAGGAAAACGAUUUGGGUUUUCUUGAUAUUGAAUCUUAUCGGUUUACUUAAUCGGUGGGGAUAUUUUUUUUAAAAUGAUUAUCUCCCCCCUUUAUAAAAGUUGACGCUUCGGAGGAAUUCUCGGAGAACCACGUCAGGCUGUAGCACUGGCUGCUGCACUUUAGCAUCUUGUUUUGUCUUUAAAGCAACAACACACACCACAAUGCUCUUAGCAGCCCCUUUUUGUUUACUUCUUUGUCUCUUACGCAAAUUGAAAAAAACAAAAAAAACCUAAACUAACUGCAAGGACAAUGAACUCUAGAGGAUUGAUGUCUUUUCUUUACUCUUGCUGCUCUUGGUGUACUCCUUUGGGAGCACCUUCGUUUUAUACAACUUGUGUUUGCAUUGCGAUUUUAUUUUGCUCAGCACAUCAAACUCAAUUUGUGUUAUUUACUAUUGCGGCGGGCACUCUCUAGAGGUAACAGGAAUAAAUAGUGGAACUUCUAUUAUCCCAACCAACUUCUAUUAGUUUCCCCAUUAUACUGAAGCACCACAUUUGGUAGGAUGUGCGUACAAUUUAUUUAUUGAGUCCCACUGGGGGGACUCAGUCACAUCUGAAAGAAUACAAGUGAAGUUUUUUAUUUGAUCAUGUUCGAAUUGAGACAUCUGUCAUAGUAUGUCAUUGAAAACAAUGUUAACAGAUGAACUCUUUCACUGCUAUUGAUUGACAAUGAUUCGCUGCCAGGCCUCCUCCCAUUGCAAAUGGAUUUGGACGUCUAUUGCCGUCGAUGGUAGUGAAAGAGUAAACGGGAAGGACGACACCUGGUGAAAAUGAGCUUCAAGUAUAUGUAAUAGAUGCAUUUGAUAGUUAAAAGGUCGACCGAUAUAUUGACUGGCCGAUGAAUUGACUUUUUUUUUCAAGAUCGGUUAUCAGCCGAUGUAGUAGGAUAAUUUUUAUGUUCACUGUUUGGGUGAUGUUCUUUAUUAUAAACAUCGGCUGAUAUAUUAGCCAGCCAAUUUAUGGACUUUUUUCAAGAUUGGCCGUUAUUUACUACAUGUAUAAAAGGACCACUGUUUUUUUUUACUGUCUGGAUGAGGAUCUUUGCAAGCUGCAAUUUUGCACCACCUAUUGGGCAGUGUUACAAAAGGAAGUAGCAGAAGAUAUAUUUAAAGGGGAAGUAAGGAUUUUUUGACAUCAGGCUUAAUGAUCAAGUUUGCGAGGGUUUAAUUAGUCGGUGGAGUUGAUUUCAACAAAUUCCUUGUAGUUUGUUAGGUAUUUGUUAUGUUCAGGGUUCCGGAGGAGCUAAGCUAGCGUGAAUCAAUUGGGCCAUCUUAGCAUGCCAUUAAAAAAAAAAACAUAUGCACACAUGUAAUUCAUCGAUGACCCAUGCAAUCAAUAGUGCUGUUUGUUUUCAGGUUAAAGUUAUUAAAACUUAAUAUUGUAUGUCAAUAAUUGCAGUAUGAUCAGCAACAUUUGUAAUUCAGAAGCUCCGCAGAGGAGCAGGGCGGAGUGGAAUCACAACGGGGGUUUUUUCACCGCUGAUUUUGUAACCGGCAGCAAGUAAACAGUUUAUAUUGUUCCUCGUUUUUCAUAGGGAAUUUGCUGAAACUUUCCCUUGCCCAUUUCUUCUAUCUGUUUCCACAGUGUCUAAAUGCACAUUUCGCCAUGUUGCCGGCCGUCAGUUAACACAGUAGACUGAUGCUGCAUUCGAGGAAGGUGGGAAGUCAGUUUCCAACCUCCAAUCUGGAAAAAUAUCAUUGGAACACCUCAACUAUUUGAUCGCUUACAAGAAGGCAGAUUUGCUGGGAGGUCAAAAUGUCUUUUGAUGGCCAAAAUAAAAAACAACUUGUAGCAAUCAGCUAUCUUUGCUGUUCAUAUUCACUUUGAACGCUUUGAGGUCGCAACUGGUACCUUCCGAGUGGGAUGAGUCCGACUUUCUCAAAUGCAGCGUAAGCAGGAGUGGCCGAAGCACUCCUCUCUAUUGUGGUCGUAUUACGCAUCUAAAAAAAAAUAGUCCUGCAGAAUGAAAUGAAUUCAGCAGUUUGGUGUGACAUUGUUUUGCCCGCAUUGGUGUUGUGGAACAAUGAUCUGCAUUUUGAAUUUAUUUGACUAUGUGUGAUCCGUUCGUAGAUCUAUAUCGUUUUUUAUUGGCAUGGUAAGAUGGGUCAUUGACUCGCGAUAGCUUAGCCUUUCCGAAGCCUUGAAACUAACAAAUUACUUGGAAAUUGCACGGAAUUUGUUGAAAUCAACUCCAUCAACUAAUCCAACCCCGCUAACUCGACGAAUAAGCCUAAUGUCAAAAAUUCUGAACUACCGCUUUAACUUCAAUUAUAUCAGUCUUUCAUAAUCAACGUACUUAAAACAAAAAAAAAAGUACAUCAUCCUCAAAUGUCUGCUUACAAAAUUGGCUCUAGGCAAUCGGCUGAUUUUAAAUCGAUAUCGGCCUUUCAAAAUCCCAUAUCGGUCGACCUCUAGUGAUAACGGGCUUUGAUGACAUCAUGAGGAAGGACGGGCAAUCUGAGAUACUAUUAUUUGCCUUUUAUUUAUGCUAUUUCAGUUGUGCAAGAUAGUUUCCGCGUGGAUGUACAUGAUAAAGGUGUUGUCUGUUCCUUUAAGAAGACUUCUUCGAAACAUCUGCGUUUGUAGACAUGUUUUCAGUCUGUAACAAGUUUCUAUACUGUUAAGCACAGUGUCAUCAAUGUAUCUACAUUUUAUUUUGAAAUAAUACUGACGAUGAAUGGUCAUCAUGGCAUGACAGCAGUACAUGUUAAAUAUGAUUUAUGAAACAAACCACUUAGAAACACACAAUUUUGUUCGUGGAUCAUAGCUAACAUGACAAAAAUGUUAUUUUUCAAAAUUUUCAAACUACUGUUUCCCAUUAUAAUUAAUAUUACAAUUUUCAGCAGCACUCAUUACAUUUUGUUCUGCUUAAUCUUCUCAUCUAAAUGUGAUCCUAUUGUGCAUCUCCAAUACAAAGUCAGGGAGGUUUAAUCAUUUAUGGAUUCAUUGUUUAUUUACAUAGACGGGAAACAUUUUCUCGGAUUUCUGUUGUUCGCCAUGAAAACGGAUGGAUUACGCACGGGAAGAUAAUUUUCGAGUUGCGUUUGACAGCUGAUUUAACUACCUUUAGUGUGCAAAAUCCAAAACUGAACUCUGUUUCCACACGGUAGAAAAAAACUGAAUACAUUUUGGAAUCAGUAUGCUAAUUUUAGUUCUAAUCGGCAUAUCACACUAAAAAAGUCAGUUGUUUUCAAAUUGUCUCUCAGUGUGUAAUCUUCUUGACUAAAGCGUGAACAUUCAA